AAGUGCACUGACCAGUGUGUCGUCGUCGCCUGUAACGAUCCUACCCACCCUGAGCCUAGUUGCCAUGUUGCUGAUGGUGAUAUAAUCUGCGACAGCGCAUGCCUCCCUGAUGAGGACUGCGGUAAUUGCUCUGGUCUUGAAGAACUGCUGCAAUGCUGCACCGACUAUCAUUCUUAUCUGUCCCAGCCAAAAUCCCUUGACCCAAGCCUCACACAGUUGAACUGGAACCCACAGUCAACGAAUGAUUUGUGUGGAUGCGACGAGAGCGACUACAGCGAACAGCAUGUUUCCCAAUUCUUGCCAGAACACAGUGACAUAGCCCGGCCUUUGGAUGACGCAUCUCCCGAAUGCACAGUGUCAUCUACUAGCUCAGCAUUUUCUUCACCCCACAUUUCCCAGGCGGCAACUCAAUUUACACCUGUUGGCCUGCCACAACAGCUGCCGCAGUUCUCACCACAUAUGUUUGCUUGCUUGUGGGCGGACUGCAAGGCUACGUUCCCGUCGAUUACGGAGCUAGUCGGGCAUGUCAACUUGGACCAUCUUCGUCCCCCAAAUUUAAUGAAGGAAUCAACCCCUCAGCAGGUAUGCUCAAACGUUCCUCGGAAUCAACAAUUCGACCCCAACGCUUUGUCGUGCCACUGGGGAGACUGCGCUAUGUUGCCCUGUGCAGAAUCGAUUCCAAGUUCUUCGACAACUGCAUUUACGAAUACUGUCCUUGACGUACUUACCACGCAUUUGAUGCAAGAUCAUCUUGGUAUUAAUUACCCCUUCCCGCAAUCGACGACGGCGUGCACUACACCACCACCGAAAACACCACCAACUCGCACGGAAAAUAUCACCCUUGAUGAAUCACCCACAGACCCCCUUCCCUAUCCCUCACCUCGGCACAAGUCUUAUUCACCAGACUUUCCAUCCACAGACACCAUCAAACCCUGUAAAUGGAGCGGGUGCAUGCAAUCAUUCUCUUCUCCCGAUGAUCUUACAAACCACAUCCUCUUUGCCCACAUCGGUGGCGGUAAAGCGCACUACGAGUGUUGCUGGGAGGGCUGUUCUCGGAAUGGCAAGCAAGGAUUUUCGAGUAAACAAAAAGUCGCGCGGCAUAUGCAGUCGCACACGGGACAUAGACCAUUUAAGUGUAAAAUUUGUAAUGCACAUUUCUCGGAAACGGCAACGCUGCAGCAGCAUAUGCGGAGACAUACCCAAGAGAAACCGUACGUCUGCGAUUUCCCCGGGUGCGGCAAGGCGUUCGCUAUUACGGGUGCACUGACGAUUCACAAGCGGACGCACAAUGGCUCUAAGCCGUUCAAGUGCAAGUACUGCGAGAAGGCCUUCGCUGAGUCGUCGAAUCUGUCAAAACAUUUACGAACACACACAGGUGCACGCCCUUACCCCUGUCCUGAGAGUGGAUGUGGAAAGUCUUUUGCGAGGCCGGACCAACUUGCGAGACACAUGAUUGUACAUAGAAGGAAGGACCUAGCCUAG